AUGAUCACCCCAAUUACAAAAGAGUGCAUUUAUAAAUGGGCCAACAUUUUAAAAGCCAAACCAACUUUAAUCAAAGAUACUUUUUCAAUUGGAAAAUACAACAACUUAACGAAUUUGUUAAACAGUAUUUUGCAAAUCAAUCAUCAUCCAACAGUUAACAAAUCAUGGUUUCAAGGGUUCCACUUUUUAUUCAACAAUCAAUUGAAUACAAAAUUAGGCAGUGACGGGUAUGACAACUAUCAAGCACCAGUGAAUGAACAAGGUGAACAACUAUAUUUACGUCGAAUGUGGGCUAGAGGUGAAUUGGAGUUUGUGUCAACGCCUCCUCUAAACUCACCCAUUGAUUGUAGAGAAACUUUGAAGUCGGUUCGAAUAAUUGAUGAUUCAGUACUAGUCAGUAUAUGGAGAGAUUUUAUAUUCCAGUCUGAAGAGGUUUUGAAGGAAAGUCGAACCUUAACUUACACCAAUGAACUAUACAGUCCAGUGGAGAACUACAAACUUGCAGAAAAUGUAUCAUCCAAUGGACCUUCAUUUCAUGUAUCGAGUAUUGACUUGUUAAAGUAUAGUAUGUUGACAUAUAACCUCCACAAAAUUCAUAUUGAUGCCAAUUAUUGUCGUUCUAUUGAAAAUUUACCAAAUAUGAUCGUCCAUGGCCCAUUACAGGUGACAUUAUUACUAUACUGGUUUGCCAUAACGUAUCCAGAUGUGAAACCAGUUAAUUUCAAAUAUCGUACUUAUGCACCAAUGUUUGUUAACGAUGAUACUUCAAUACUGAUUGAAUCUAAAUCCAAUAAUUCGUUUGUGCUCGAGAUUUAUAACCAGGAGUCUAAAAAGCUCUACUUACGUGGUGAUCUGACAACUACUUCAUCAACGUGA